AUUAUAAAUUCAAAAGUCCCUUCCCUCCCUCCCUCCCUCCCUCCCGGGGCUGGUUACCCUAAUCACCACCACCACCACCAUAGUCUUAGAUAGAUAAGAUUCUAAAAUAAGAGCCCCUCCCUCUCUUCUCUAAUAAGUUUUAUUCUACAGAUCCUCUUUCUCUUUGCAUUUCAGACUUUACCAUACCUGGUGCUCUCAUCUCUUUUUAUUAUUAUUAUAACACAACAACGCAAUUGACAUCGACAAGUUGAUGGUUCAAUCUCGAUCGUGUUGUUGUUGCUAUCGGCGACUACGAUGACAUCGCCCCCCAACCGCAAGGAACGAUUCCUCCUCCAGGACCUAUACACUCUGACUCAGACUCUCACCCAACCGGAGGCAUAUCACCCCAGUCUUGAGAGGGAGCUGUCAGAUGCAGGGGCCAGUAGAUGAGACAGAUUGUGACAUUCAGUUGAAUACGGUAUUUUCUCAUGAUGAAAAUGAAUUGGGUAGGCACUCCAACAGUAGGAAAGUUCUCAUGAGAGCAGAGUCUGGGACAUGCAACGUGUGUUCUGCUCCUUGCUCAUCUUGUUUACAUAUUAACCGAGCUCUCAUGGGAUUGAAGGCUCAUGAAUUUUCUGACGAAACUUGUCAAGGAAAUGCUGGCAGUCAGUAUUCUGUUAAUGAUGUUGUACCUGUGAAGAAUACUGCAUGCGACGGUGGGCAGCAUACUGCCAGUGAAACAAGUAAUGUGCUUGGUGACGAUUGUUUCUCUGAAAAUGCAGAAAGUAAAGCUAGUUUGAGGACUUGUGAUGUAUCUGGGGCAUCUGAAGAUGUUGAGGCACAUCUAAAUUUGUCAUCUGGUGGAACUGUUGCAGAUGAUCAGCUCCCUUUAAAACCACAAUGCAUUUCUGAUCAGAGAGCCCACAAAAACAAGUUUGAGGAUCGAAAAGGUCUAGAAAGCCAUGAAGAUAGCAUUUCUUGUGUUAGCGGAAGUAGUGACACAAACAAAUUGACCAAAUACAAUAAUGGAACACAUGGUUUUGCCUCAAUUGAGUUAUCUUCCCACAAGAAAGACUCUGUAGAGAUUCCUUCCUCAAAAGACAGAAGGGAUGGUGCUAGCUCACCGAAGCUACUUAGUACUUGCUCCCAUCCUUUCAGUGGCAAAUCUAUUUCAUGCAAACUGAAUGUGAAUGACUUGGAACAGGAUUUAGGUUCUCAUCUUCCUGUAGAACUGCCUGAAUGCUCAAAGGAACAUUUGGAUUCAUCAUUGACAAAAGAGACAGCAUCUGAUAUGUUUUGUGGGCAGAGAUCUGCUUCAUAUACAUGUGGAGGAACAGAUGAUGGUAGUCUCAUUGGAGGCAAUUCUGUGGCUUCAGACAAAGUUUGUCUGAACUUGGAAGCAGAAAGAGACAGAUACACUGGUAGCAGUAAGCUGCCUAAUGAAGCUGUGAAUUCUUCAGAGAAAAUUGAAGAAAUUGAGAAGGUGAAGGAACCUUGUGGAUUACCUGAUGUGCAGGAAACUUCCUUGCAAUCCCAUUCUGUGGAUGAUAGUGAUGAUUUUGAUAUUUUGGAGCAUGAUGUAAAAGUUUGCGAUAUUUGUGGCGAUGCAGGUCGGGAGGAUUUACUUGCCAUAUGUAGUAGGUGCAGUGAUGGUGCAGAGCACACCUAUUGCAUGCAGGAAAUGAUGGACAAAGUUCCAGCAGGUGAUUGGAUGUGUGAAGAAUGCAAGUUCGAUGAUGAAAUCAAAAACCUGAAGGAAGAUAAAAUUGUUACAGUAGAUGGGAAUGACAAAAAUCAAUCUUCUGGACUAGCAAGUGCCCUGGAUACCAAUCUGUGUGUGAAGUCAGAUAAAAAAGAUUCAGAUGUUGAGGGCAAUAAAACGAAUAAAGAUAUUCUGAGUACAAAAACCUCUGGUAAAAGACGUGCAGAGAACAUUGAAGUUGCUUCAGCAGCAAAAAAACAGGCCCUUGAGCCAACUGUUGGAUCACCAAAUACAUCCAGUCCCCGCAGAGUAGCAGCACUUUCUCAUGAUUCAUCAUUCAGAAACCUCAAUAAGGGGAAAGUGAAGCCAGCACAUCAUUUAACUUCUGGAUCUUGCUCGAUUAAGGAUACUUCUGAAGCUGCAUUCUCUUCUACUGGGCCGCGACUGCAGACAACUCGAGGUUCUUUAUUAAAGUCUAAUUCAUUCCAUUCUGCAAAUGCAAAACCAAAAGUUGAACUUGUAGAUGAAGUUUUUUCUCAGAAGAAGAAAUCAGCUAGAGAACCUGUUUCCCUUGAUAUGAAGGAAGGUGCUGUCAGAUUGAUAGGCAAAUCAAUGUCGUUUAAAUCUGUGAACCCAGGCCGUCUAAAUCUUUCAGAAUCAAAAGUUAAGAUGUUAUCCCCUAAAUUUUCUCAUGGCCAGGAUCUAAAAGGAUUAAAACAAGCAAAAGAGUGGAAUUUACUUGAAAGGAAGAAUUCAUUUAAAUCAGAACGCCCAUUAGUGAGUUCAACCAUGUGCAACACUAAUGUCUCUAUGUUGCAAGGUGAUCAAAAACUAGCAUCUUAUGGUGGAAGUUGCUUGCUAAGCAACAACCGUGAACUGAAGGGUGUGCAAUCUGACUGUAAAUUAAGUACGUUAUCAAAAUCAACCAGUCAUGUAGCUCGUAGAGGUUCAGAAAUGCCAGUUUCUUUAGGUGAAAUUAAGCAGCAGUCACACUUGCCCCGUGUAGUUGAAGCUUCAUUGAUCAAUGGGAUUUGCAGUUCUGCAGAACAAAAGGCAAACCAGACCAGCCUUAUGGAUAAUCCCUUAUCAAGUACUUCUACAGCAGAGAGACCAUCUUGUAAUGUUAACGAAGAUCUUCCAGAUCUAUUACCUCGGCCCCGGGAAUCAACAAAUCUUGGCGAGAGAAUUAGGGAGAGUUCUGUUAAUCGCUCAAGGCCAAGUAUUACAACUGGUGGAAAAAGUGUUCCCUGUCAAAAAUGUAAAGAAAUUGGGCAUUCUGCCCAAUUCUGCACUGUUGACAGUCCUCAGUCACUUGCUGUUGAUGCGUCAGCUGCAAGUUCAAGAGAGGUGAUGAAUAAAGGUAAUAAAUUGAAAGCUGCAAUUGAGGCUGCUAUGCUUAAAAAGCCUGGAAUAUAUAGAAAGAAUAAGAUGCCUGACCAAUCUGAUGGGUUGUCCAUGUCAAGCGCGAACUUAGGUUGUCAAAUAGGUUCUCAAGGUCAAUUUUCAACUUCAAUUAACACAAGUAACAUGUUUUCUGCCAAUGAGGUACAUGAUGGGCAAGCAGUACUGCGGAUUUCUACUGCCGACUCUUGUAGACAGACAACUGUGAACAACAUGAAUCAAUUAUCUGCUCUUCCUUCUGGAGUUGCUAUUUUGAAAACUGGAGCCAUUAGUCCUGUUGUCCCUUCUAAUGGAAAGCCUUUUAGAAGAGACUUGCCUAGUCAUGCUUUGGCAUCAGUGUCUGUUCUUUUGAAGAUGUCAGCCGUUCCAGAGCAUGAAUAUAUUUGGCAAGGGGGUUUUGAGGUCCUCAAAAGAGGGAAACUGCCAGAGUUACAUGAUGGAAUUCAAGCACAUUUAUCAACCUGUGCAUCACCAAAAGUAUUUGACGUGUUGAACAAGUUUCCUUCAAAAAUUCUUUUGAAUGAAGUACCUCGCUUUAGUAUGUGGCCAGUACAGUUUCAGGAGACUGGUGUUAAAGAAGAUAACAUCGCACUCUAUUUUUUUGCUAAGGAUCUUGAGUGCUACGAGAAAAGCUACAAGAGUUUGCUGGAGACAAUGAUGAAAAAUGAUCUUGCUCUUAAGGGAAACUUUGAGGGUGUUGAACUCUUGAUAUUCCCAUCCAACCAUCUUCCUGAGAAAUCCCAGCGUUGGAAUAUGUUGUUCUUCCUUUGGGGUGUGUUCAGAGGAAAGAAAGUAAAUUACUUGCAAAAUGUGUCUGGUUCUCCAAAGAAGUAUUUUAUUCACAGAGAUAUGCCCACCGCCAUCAUGUCUCCUCCUGAGAACACAGGUUUACUUGGGCCUAUAGAUGGGAAUUUACCUAUGUUUUCCAAAGCUUGCAAUGUGGCUCUAUCAUCCAAGUGUCCUGCCUUGAUGGAAUCACCCUGUUUAUCUUCUGACACAAUAAAUGGGAAUUGUGAUACCGAAGCAUCUUCUCUUGAUCCAAAGGGUCAAUGCCUUCAAGAAAAUGUGGGGUGGCAAGACUGUAGGAUAAAAACAACCAGUUCACUGUUAUUCCAAGAAACAAGAUGCACUAGUACUCCACUGGAAACAAUUGUUGACCCCGAAUGCAAACUGGAUGUAAAACUUCAACCAUCUGUUCAAACUGCUAGAAACACAACUGAUUCCAAGAAAAGCAAGAAGAUGCCAAUGUAUCCGGAUAAUCCCCUUGACAUACAACAGAUUUCGACUCGUUCUUUUGAGAUAGCAGCUAGAGUGGACAGUAGUGAAGAUCAGGUGAUGUUUGAGAGUACUUUGAAGGAAGAAGAGGGAUCUUUGGACACAAAAGCUGUACUGGAGAGAGACAUGGUGAUGAGAGAUCAAACCAUGAAGGGGCUCAACAAUCGGCAGUUCAAUUGUGGGAAACAUCUGCAUGAAGAUCCUACGUGGACAGUCUCACAAGCUUCUGCUGGCAUCAGUCAAAAGUCUUGGAGUGAUGCAAAUAGUGUGUUGCUUGAUGGACAACGUGCAAGUAAAAAACAGAAAACUGGUUUAUCUGGAUUAUUGGAUGUGCCUAAUAGUUCUAGGAAUACAAGUCCUUCGAGAGGGAGUUCUGUGUCUGGGACAUAUGAUAUGGGUACCAGUUCUUUAAUGAAGGAGAUAGGUGAAAAAGCUUGCAAUGAAAAAGAAAUCCUUAAGAACAAAGGAAUUUCCGAAAGGUACUUCUUUCCUGUAGAUGAACUUCCUGUAAAAGACUUGAGGUCAGGUGAAAACUCGGUCCCCUGGAAAGUGUUAUCAUCAGAAGAUGAUGUUCGGCUUCCUGAUGUGACUCCAAGUCUCGAGCUUGCUUUAGGUGCAGAAAUGAAACCGUCGAAACCGGGGAUCCUGCCUUUUUUAAUGGGGAAAGUGGACCUGAACGCUAGCCAGGACCAGCCUUGUGAGAAUGCAGCAACCAAGGAAGAGGAGGGGGAGGAGGAGGAUGUCUCUGCUUGUCUAUCACUAUCUCUUUCGUUUCCCUUCCCAGAUAAUGAGCAAACUGCAAAACCUGUGUUGAAAGUGGAGCAGCAGCAGCAGCAGCUGCUGCCUGAUCGGCGAUAUGUCAACAGUUCUCUGCUCUUCUUUGACAACUUCCCAGACAAUAAGUAAGACAUGAAUAAGGUUGUGAUGCCAUUACCAACGCUGUAUAUGAUAGAGAGAUUCCCAUGGCUGUGGGUGGUUGUAAUGAUGAUCUUCCAUGGGUUUUAGUUGGAGAGAUUCCAAGACUCCAUGUGUUUAUAUAGAGGCCAGGCCAUACAGGAUUUGUAAUUUUUCCAUCUUUUGUUCAUCAUCUUCUUGCCUUUGGUUUUUGUGCUCCAUACUAGUAGUGAUAAUAGUAGUAGUUACAGCUGUUUGUACAUAUAUAAUAUACAAGAGAAUCAAAAUCUGGAACAAUUGCAGAUGCCAUGAGGGAUUUCCAGACCAGUGUGGUGGUCAUUAGGAUUUCACAUUCACCUUCCCUUUUUUAAAAAAAAUAUCUUUUUUAUGUUUUUA